CACCGAUCAAAGGCGUUGUUGAAUGCGGGGGAAGAUGGAAGAUUCUGUCUACAAAUCCACGAGUAAUAAAGAUUCUGUUCGACUUGCCCUCGGCCAGAAGAAGAACAACUUCUAACCUCCAAGCGUUGAAGGGAAAAGGCACCCCAGCUUGAAAUUUCCCUUUGCCUCGAUCAGGAUUAUCCCAUCCACUGCAAGUACGUACUAGUAACCUUUGGCAAAGAUGGACAAGAAAGGAGGCUUCCAAGAACCCCGAUACCUGGAGUUUGUACGCUCUUCCGAAACCACGGGCGUCAAUGGCAAACCCAUGCUGAAUCGCUACUCAACCCAUCUCACACGCGAACAUGACUUCCCCGGCGCCCAGGCGAUGCUCUUCGGAGCCGGCGUGCCCGACCGACGGACAAUGCAGACGGCACCACACGUCGGCGUGGCCAGCGUCUGGUGGGAGGGCAACCCGUGCAACAUGCACCUUCUCGACCUAGGCAAGGAGGUCAAGAAAGCCCUGACCGCGCGCGGCAUGUUGGCGUGGCAGUACAACACCAUCGGCGUGAGCGAUGCCAUCACCAUGGGCAACCAGGGGAUGAGGUUCAGUCUACAGACGCGCGAAAUCAUCGCAGACUCCGUGGAGACGGUCACCUGCGCGCAGGCGCACGACGCCAACAUCACGAUCCCCGGCUGCGACAAGAACAUGCCCGGCUGCAUCAUGGGCAUGGCACGGCACAACCGGCCGAGUCUGAUGAUCUACGGCGGCACCAUCGACAAGGGCUACUCGGAGACCCUGCGCAAACCCGUCAACGUGGUGACGUGCUACGAGGCCUUCGGUGCGUACCAGUACAACACGCUCAAACAGCCCGACGACGGAGGCGACACGUCCAAGACCAAAGACGAGAUCCUCGACGACCUGGAGCGACAUGCAUGUCCUGGCGCUGGCGCCUGUGGGGGCAUGUACACGGCCAACACCAUGGCCACGGCCAUUGAGACCAUGGGCCUGUCGCUGCCCGGGUCGAGUUCGACGCCGGCGACGUCACCCGCCAAAAUGCGAGAGUGCGCCAAAGCUGCCGACGCCAUCAAAGUGUGCUUGGAACAGGACAUCACGCCGGACAAACUCUUGACCAAAGCUGCCUUUGAAAACGCCCUCGUCAUCACCAUGGCCUUGGGAGGCAGCACGAACGCCGUCCUGCAUUUCCUCGCCAUGGCAGUCACGGCCGGCGUGGAACUCACUCUCGACGACUUCCAGCGUGUGAGCAACAAGAUCCCCUUCAUAGCCGACCUCGCCCCAUCCGGCAAGUACCUGAUGGCCGACCUGUACGAGAUCGGCGGCGUGCCGAGUGUCCAAAAGCUGCUCAUCGCCGCAGGAUUGCUGGACGGUUCCAUCCCGACGGUGACGGGCAAGACACUGGCCGAGAACGUCGCCAGCUGGCCCAGUCUGCCGAGCGACCAGGUCAUGAUUCGCAGCCUGGAAAAUCCGAUCAAGACGAGCGGCCACAUCCAGAUCCUCAAGGGCAAUUUCGCUCCGGCCGGCGCGGUGGCCAAGAUCACGGGCAAAGAAGGACUGCGCUUCCGCGGCAAGGCGAGAUGUUUCGACAAGGAGGUGCAACUCAACGAAGCCUUGAACCGCGGCGAGAUCCCCCGAGGAGAGAAUUUGGUUCUCAUCGUCAGGUACGAAGGUCCAAAGGGAGGGCCCGGCAUGCCGGAGCAGCUCAAGGCCAGCGCGGCCAUCAUGGGUGCGAAGCUGACCAACAUCGCCCUCGUGACGGACGGGAGAUAUUCUGGCGCUUCUCACGGCUUUAUCGUGGGCCAUGUGUGUCCUGAAGCCGCGGUUGGAGGGCCCAUUGCUCUGGUCACGGAUGGUGACGAGGUGACCAUCGAUGCGGAGACGAAUACUAUUUCGAUGGAUGUCAGCGAAGAGGAGAUGGAGAAGCGGAGGAAAGCCUGGACACCACCGAGGAUGGUGGUCACGAGGGGCGUGCUGGCGAAAUAUGCUGCUCUGGUCAGUGAUGCCAGCCACGGCGCCGUCACUGACCUCUUUUGAAUAAGCAUGAUGGACUCACAGGACACGUUGUAGAGAAUAAACGCGUUAUCUUCGAAACCAUGGUCAGCGUCGUAGAUAAUGA